AUGGUGGGGAUAAAUAGAUUAUCAGCAUCAUUCAUUGCACUGUCCGCAUGGCAAACGCUAUCGGGAGGCGUUGUUGCCACAGCAGCGGCUUCUCCUUCUGCCGCUGACAAUUGCUUCCAAAAAUGCGCCUUUUAUCCUCGAAAGCACCACGGGGCGGCAACACGGCCAGCUUCGCAGUUUCACAAUCUCGCCAACAUUGCCUUGGAUGAGUAUGAGUAUCUAGAGCGGACCGUUAUGGAUUGCACAAAUGACAGCACUCAUGAGGAGGAGACCGACUCAGAAGCUCGGUUUGCCUAUCAGCUUGACAACGAACGUGAGUUCCUUCGUCGUUGCGAAAGCAGUUACCUGCUACGAGAUGUACAGCAAAGCGAAACCAAGGUUGUCCCGUCUUCAAGUUUCUACCACUACAGAUACGGGAACGAUAUUACAGAAGUAUAA